GCCAGCCCGCCCGGGGCGGCGGCGCAGAGCCGGGCCGGCGCACGAGGCAGCCAGCGCGGCCAUGACGGCGGAGAAGGCGCUGCCCCUGGGCAAUGGGAAGGCUGCAGAGGAGGCGCGGGAGUCCGAGGCGCCGGGUGGCAGCGGCAGCAGCGGGGGCGCGGCGCCCGCGCGCGACCCGCGCGACAAGCGCGACAAGGCGGUCCACGAGCGCGGCCACUGGAACAACAAGGUUGAGUUCGUGCUGAGCGUGGCCGGGGAGAUCAUUGGGCUGGGCAACGUGUGGCGCUUCCCCUACCUGUGCUACAAGAACGGAGGAGGGGCAUUCCUGAUUCCCUACGUGGUGUUUUUUAUUUGCUGUGGAAUUCCUGUUUUUUUCCUGGAGACAGCUCUGGGGCAGUUCACAAGUGAAGGUGGCAUUACAUGUUGGAGGAAAGUUUGCCCUUUAUUUGAAGGCAUUGGCUAUGCAACGCAGGUGAUUGAGGCCCAUCUGAAUGUGUACUACAUCAUCAUCCUGGCAUGGGCCAUUUUUUACCUGAGCAACUGCUUCACUACUGAGCUACCCUGGGCUACCUGUGGGCAUGAGUGGAACACAGAGAAUUGUGUGGAGUUCCAGAAACUGAAUGUGAGCAACUACAGCCAUGUGUCUCUGCAGAAUGCCACCUCCCCCGUCAUGGAGUUUUGGGAGCGCCGGGUCUUGGCCAUCUCCGAUGGGAUCGAGCACAUCGGGAACCUUCGCUGGGAGCUGGCCUUGUGUCUCCUGGCAGCCUGGACCAUCUGUUACUUCUGUAUCUGGAAGGGGACCAAGUCUACAGGAAAGGUUGUAUACGUGACCGCAACAUUCCCCUACAUCAUGCUGCUGAUCCUCCUGAUACGAGGGGUCACAUUGCCUGGGGCCUCGGAGGGCAUCAAGUUCUACUUGUACCCUGACCUCUCCCGGCUCUCCGACCCGCAGGUCUGGGUAGAUGCUGGAACGCAGAUCUUUUUCUCCUAUGCCAUUUGCCUGGGCUGUCUGACCGCUCUGGGAAGUUAUAACAAUUAUAACAACAACUGCUACAGGGACUGCAUCAUGCUCUGUUGCCUGAACAGUGGCACCAGCUUCGUGGCUGGAUUUGCCAUCUUCUCAGUCCUGGGUUUUAUGGCGUACGAGCAGGGGGUACCCAUUGCUGAGGUGGCAGAGUCAGGCCCUGGCCUGGCCUUUAUUGCGUACCCCAAGGCGGUCACCAUGAUGCCUCUCUCCCCGCUGUGGGCCACCUUGUUCUUCAUGAUGCUCAUCUUCCUAGGCCUGGACAGCCAGUUUGUGUGUGUGGAAAGCCUGGUGACUGCCGUGGUGGACAUGUACCCCAAGGUCUUCCGGAGGGGUUACCGGCGGGAGCUGCUCAUCCUAGCCUUGUCUGUUGUCUCCUAUUUUCUGGGCCUCGUGAUGUUAACGGAGGGUGGCAUGUACAUCUUCCAGCUCUUUGACUCCUAUGCUGCCAGUGGGAUGUGCCUUCUCUUCGUGGCCAUCUUUGAGUGCAUCUGCAUUGGCUGGGUGUAUGGAAGCAACCGGUUCUAUGAUAACAUUGAAGACAUGAUUGGCUACCGGCCACCGUCGCUCAUUAAGUGGUGCUGGAAGAUCGUGACCCCUGGGAUCUGUGCGGGGAUCUUCAUCUUCUUCUUGGUCAAGUACAAGCCACUCAAGUACAACAACGUCUACACCUACCCAGCCUGGGGCUAUGGCAUUGGCUGGCUCAUGGCCCUGUCCUCCAUGCUCUGCAUCCCGCUCUGGAUCUGCAUCAAGGUGUGGAAGACACAGGGGACACUGCCCGAGAAACUUCAGAAGUUGACGACCCCCAGCACAGAUCUGAAAAUGCGGGGCAAGCUUGGGGUGAGCCCACGGAUGGUGACAGUUAAUGACUGUGAUGCCAAACUCAAGAGCGACGGGACCAUCGCAGCCAUCACAGAGAAGGAGACGCACUUCUGAGCGGCCGCCAGCCACCUGGGGCUCUUCUUCCUUUCUUCCCCCCAUGUCUGUAAAUGAAUUCCUGAACCCCAUGCUUCACCUAAUGGUAGGGGCUUGCUUGUUUUGCACAGGAUUUAUUAACAAGUUAAUUUUAAGGUGGCCACUGUACACUGCUCUAAAGUCAUAUCCCCUCCCCGCCCCUAGUCAUCAUGGAAGUAACCACUACAAAGAGAUAACACUGUACAGUGACUGCCAGAUCUUCUGUCCUAGGGCAGUUUUAAUCAAUGUUUUCUAGGGAUUAAGAAGAAGUGUAUAAUAUUGUAAAACUUUUUUUACUGGGGUCGUGGGCCAGGUGGGGUGGGGAGUGAUGGCUGUCCUCCUCUGUCAGCCUUUUAAUGACUGUUCUGUGUCCCAUGUUUGUCUCUGACCAUCCACAGCCGCCCCUCCUCCAUACCCCAGGGUAUGGCCCCAAGCUGGGGCCCUGCUUGUGUUUAUCCUCGGCUGCUGUCUUCCCGGUAGUUUUCCUUCAAACUUUCCCUUUCCAAGGGACACUGGGUUUGCAGACAGCAAGGCUAUGUGGCAGAGAAGAAAAGGUUCAGCAGACUCAGGACUCCUGGGCUGGAGACCCCCCUCUGCCCUGAUCCCAUGAAGUGACCUUGGGCACUCCCUUUCCCUCCCUGGGCCUCAGUUUCCCCAUCUCCCAAAUGGGAGGAGGAGCCGGAUUGGGUUCUCUCUUAGGGAUUCUCUUUGUGUGCCUUGCUGGCUCGCAGACCUGCCAUGGACCUUGGCUUCCUCUGAAGACUUGCAGGCAAUAAUCUCUGCCCUCCCAGUUGUACCUCCUCCCCACCUGCUUAUUUAAAAUCAAGUUUAUUGUAGAAAUGGUGUGGUGUUGAUGUGUGUUUUCCCUAAAACUCUAAUUUCAUCUCAUCUGUGGGUAGCCCUGCUCUCUGGACACCAGUGGGUCCUCAGCCCCCAUGGCGGGGGCUCCUCUGUCUGGCCUGCCAUUUUUUCCUGGUCAGCUGCUCUUAGCCCCGGCUCUGCCUCUCCACCCUUGGCAGGGCUGGCUGGAGUUGCCUUGGGGACUGAUUUUCUGGGUGGGGAAGCAGCCAUCUAUUCUUGCAGCCACCCCAGCCAGGAUCUAUGUCUUAGGACCUUCCUCCGGCCUUCCAUGAGAAGCAGCCACAGUGGGGCCUGGUUUCCUCCUAAGGCCCUUCUCUAUCCCAGGCCACCUCUUCUCCCUCCUCUUGUCCCCUAACGUCUGCCUACCACCAUCCUCCCUCUCAGUUCUCUCCCAUCCUUGCCCCUGGUUCAGGAGCCAUUCUACCUGCUCCUGUGGCCAGGCGCAAGGCUACAGGUGCAGUCACCUGUUCCCUGCCACCUUCCCUCCCUUCUUUGGCAGAGAGAAGUGUCAGCUCUCACUGGAGGGAAGACCUGGGCAUCCCGCUGGCUCCUCCCUCCAUGGGACCUGGAGUCUGGCACUGCUCCCCAGCCAGCCUGGCUACAGAACUCUCUGGCUGAUACCGUUCUUCUUUUUCAAUUGGACUUCAUAUCAAGCCUCUACCUUGGUUUCUGAGCUAUAUGAGGGUGGGGAAGGCACCCUCUUUCUUCUUUCUGUAGGUUCCCAAUACUGUUUGGUGGAAAUGUGGGCUUUCUCUAAACCAAGGCUUUAGUUUCCUGUAAGGGUCCUCUGUGUUUGAUUCACCCAAAAGUCUGCAAACCCCCAGCGUCUCUGCUCUGGCCAGCCCCGAUCUGAAGCCUGUGUCUGCUAAGAGAGAUGCCCAGUGCCCCACUGGGCAGGACAGGAAGCCUAGCCUGGGCCUCCUCUGCACACAGCUCAGGCCUGCCCAACUUCUUAUGGGCAAGCUACCAUCCCACUCUCGUCUCCCUGAGCUGUCUGGUUCUGCAGACCCAGGAAGGGCCAGGCUGGGGCCCUGCUUGUGUUUAUCCUCGGCUGCUGUCUUCCCAGUAGGCCCCGGGCAAGGAGGCUUCCCACUGCUGCUGCUACAGGUUCUCUACACUAACUCUCAUGGAUGCACAGAUCCCUGUGGUCCGCCUUCGCCGACACACACAUAUCGUACAUGUGGCUGUUAACACUUGACUCACUUAACACUACUCAUGGGGCAGGGCGGAGGGUGGAUUGUUGUUUUUUGUUUUUUGUAAUUUCCUACUAGUAUUUGGGUAACUUUGGGGGCGGGGAGGGCAAUGUUGGGGCAGGGGAACAUGUCAUUGUGAUGACUUUUUUGAUAUUCAUUAGAAACAAUACAUCCUUUCUGAGAUAUUUACGAUAUUAUUAAAAAAUGAAAAAGGUUGUACUGUUUUGCAUAAUGAACAUUUUUAUUGGGCAUUCAAAGGGUACAAGAUUGUCUGCUUACUCAUUUUUAAAAAUUAAAGAAAUGAACACUCAAUGUGGCUAUUCCUA